AUGACCUCCAAAAUUCAGGACGAAGCGCCCCACAACAGCUUCGAUACUAUUCUCGUUCUCGACUUUGGCUCUCAAACAAGCCACCUUAUUCUGCGUCGUCUCCGUGCCCUCGGUGUCUUCGCUGAGCUGCUUCCAUGCACCACCAAGAUCGCUGAUCUGACAUGGAAGCCUAAGGGAAUUGUUUUUUCUGGAGGUCCUUCCUCUGUCUACGAUGAGGGCUCACCCCUGGUAUCUGGUAUGGAUUCAUCCAAAAUCGGUCCUGGGAUGCGACUAAUACUAUUCUGCAGUUAUGGUUGCCAGGAGAUCGCAUGGCGCAUCGACUCAAAGAAUGUUGCACGCGGAGUUGCCCGAGGUUUGCCACGCUUUGAAAAACAAUAUCAACCCUUUUCUGACCAUUUCGUCGCAGAGUACGGCCACGCCGAUCUCAAGGUCUCCAAGAUCAACAGCCAUGUCGACCGCCUCUUCGCUGGUUUGGGCGAGGAAGUUCCCGUCUUCAUGUCGCACUUUGACAAGCUAGUCACCCUACCUGCUGGCUUUGUUGUCAUUGCUGCCACUAAGAACUCAGAGUUCGCUGGUAUCGCUCACGAGGAGAAGCCCAUCUUCGGUGUCCAAUUCCACCCCGAGCUUGAACACACACCCUGCGGAACCGAUAUCCUGCGCAACUUCAGUGUUGAUAUCUGUGGAGCCCAAGCAAACUGGAAGAUGGGCGACUUCUGCCAGCUUGAGAUUGCUCGUAUUCGCGAGCUUGUUGGUGACCGUGCCCUCGUCCUUGGUGCUGUUAGCGGUGGUGUCGACAGCACUGUUGGAGCUGCCCUCAUGCGCGAGGCUAUCGGUGACCGCUUUAAGGCUAUCCUUAUUGACAAUGGUUGUAUGCGUCUCAACGAGUGCGAUCAGGUCAAGGAGACUCUCGGCAAACACCUUGGCAUCAACCUCACAGUUGUUCAAGCUGGUGACCUUUUCUUGAGUCGCCUUGCUGGUGUUACUGAUCCCGAGAAGAAGCGAAAGAUCAUUGGAUCCUCUUUCAUUGAUUUGUUCGAGCAAGAGGCUAUUAGAAUCGAGAAGGAGGCUGAGAACACACCCAACAGCGGCAAGGUCGAAUGGUUCUUGCAGGGAACACUUUACCCCGAUGUUAUCGAGUCUUUGAGCUUCCGUGGUCCCUCCGCCACUAUUAAGACCCACCACAACGUUGGCGGUCUCCCUGAGCGUAUGAUGAACGGCCAAGGUCUCCGUCUUAUUGAGCCCCUUAGACUUCUGUUCAAGGACGAAGUGCGGGCAAUCGGUCGUCAGCUCGGCAUCCACGAGUCCCUAGUUAACCGCCACCCCUUCCCCGGACCCGGCAUUGCCAUUCGUAUUCUCGGUGAUGUUACCCGGGAGCGAGUCGAGAUUGCCCGCCGAGCCGACAACAUCUUCAUCAGCAUGAUCAAGGAGGCCGGUCUCUACGACCAAAUCUCUCAAGCCUUUGCCGGUCUCGAUACCAACCGUAGUGUUGGUGUUUUUGGUGACCAGCGCGUUUGGGGCUAUAUUAUCAUCCUCCGUGCUGUCCAAACUAAGGACUUCAUGAGCGCUGAGGUUUUCAACUUCGACAACGCUUUCCUCGCGGAGGUUUCUCGCAGAAUUUGCAAUGAGGUCGAAGGUGUGGCCCGUGUCGUCUAUGAUUUAACCUCCAAGCCCCCUGGCACUAUUGAGCUGGAGUAA